AACACCAAUUAUCAAAAGAUAUAUAAUAUUAAAAAAAUAUUGAUUGGUCACCACUUUGCAAGUUGUUCUCUCUCUUAUUCUUGCAAUUUCUGUAACCCAAGUUGGAACUUGGAAGCAUAAGCUUAAUUUUAAGAUCCCUGAAUAACAACCACCCUUCUUCACAAACAAGAUCUGUAAUACCCUUGAUUGCUGCUAUGAAUCAAGAAACUGCGAAAACUGUUCGGAAAAUCUCAAAAUGCACUAUCAAACCGCACAAAGUUGUAGAAGAAUCAAAACAGCAACUGUACUUGACUCCAUGGGAUUUAACCAUGUUCAAUGCGCAUUACAUUCAAAAGGGUCUUCUCUUCAAAAGACCCUCACCUUCAUUAGAAGAUCCAAAUCCUACCGAGACAUUCAUCGAUCAGCUUAAACACUCUUUAUCAAUAACAUUAACCCAUUUCUACCCUCUUUCAGGCCGUUUAGUAACAAGACAACAGCAGGAUCCACCAUUUUAUGCUAUUUACUUGGAUUGCAGCGAUGAUUCUGUUGGAGCUGAGUUCAUCCAUGCUGCUGUUGACUUGAACAUGAUGGAUAUUCUUACACCGAUCUAUGUGCCGCGAAUUAUCCAAUCAUUUUUCGCUCUUGAGGGAGCUAUCAACCAUGAUGGACACACCGAACCUUUGCUGGUGGUACAGGUGACCGAGUUAUUGGACGGCAUCUUCAUCGGCUGUAGUUUUAACCAUGUUGUAGGUGACGGAACUGCUUACUGGAAAUUCUUCAAUUCAUUUGCAGAAAUCUGUAGGAAACUAAGAAAAAGUAUCAAAGAAGCAGGGGAUUAUCAUCAUUUUGAUUGCAGCAUCUCUCAUCCACCUAUAACCAAACGCUUGUUUUUGGAAGCUUACCAAGAUACACCCCUCAUCAACCUUCCAUUUUCCGACCACAAAGAAUUCAUCUCCCGAUACCAACAACCACCUCUCAGAGAAAGAAUGUUCCAUUUCACAGCACAAUCGAUAGCAAAGCUCAAAGCUAAAGCCAAUGAAGAAUGUACCGUAAAAGAUAUCCAAAUAUCUUCAUUUCAAGCUUUAAGUGCUUUUGUAUGGAAAUCAAUAACAAGGGCGCGUAAUUUUCCUUCCAAUAGAAAAACAAAGUGUACAUUAGCAAUUAACAACAGGUUGAGAUUGAAACCACCUUUGUCUGACGAUUACUUCGGCAACAACAUUCACGUAGUGUUCGGGACUACAACUUCAGGGGAGUUAUUGAAGAACGGUAUUGGAUGGGCAGCCUUACUGUUGCACCAGGCUAUAAAAGAGCACAAUAAUGAGAAGAUUCGAAAAUCUGUGGACGAAUGGAUGAAGAAACCACUAAUAUUUCAGGUGGCAGACGUUAUUGAUGCAUCUAGCGUGCUGAUGGGAAGUUCGCCUCGGUUUGAUAUGUAUGGUUGUGAUUUUGGGUUAGGAAAAGCCGUGGCUGCACGAAGUGGAUAUGCUAAUAAGUUCGACGGGAAGGUGUCUUCGUACCCUGGUCUAACAGGGACCGGGAGCGUGAUGCUUGAGGUUUGUCUUCCGCCUGAAUCAAUGAGUGCACUUGAAUCUGAUGAAGAGUUUAUGGAUGCUGUAUCUGCUCAUGAUAUUCAUUUUGUGCACCUUGAUUAGCUGGCUUUUUACAAAAUGAAAUAAACAAAAAAAUGAUCUUUAUCUACACUAUGUCAGCAAUGACGUUUGUAACAAAUAUACUAGCAGAGAUUAAUGCUUGGUCCCGGCUGCCUUUCUGAUCUCCAAUGUAAGCCACUAGCUAUCUGUCUCUAAAGCAACUCAUGUGGGGGUUUUAAAAGAACCCUUUUUAUUUGUACCAUGACCACAUAUUUUCUUUCUUUUAUCAGUCAAUAAAAGAACCCUUUUUAUUUUUCCUGA